UUCAGGUUUCAAGUGUUGUUUGUUGAUUCAAUAACUUAGUAGAAGUGUUCUUCGUUUCUAAAUUUGUUAACUUGCUGAGAAAAUUUAUAGAAUUUGUUGAGGAUUCGUGAUGGCGAAUUCGAAAUUUAGUUUGAAAGUUUGGUUCGACAAGAAGAUCAGUGAACCACUUGUCCAGAUCUUGCGAAGAGGUGCUGAGCCAAAGCAGCUGGCCUUCUCUGCAGCAUUGGGGAUUACCAUGGGAGUAUUUCCAAUCUGUGGUGUGACGGUGUUGUUAUGUGGCCUGGCUAUUGCAUCGCUUGGAUCUCUUUGUCAUGCUCCAACUGUGAUGUUGGCUAAUUUCAUUGCUACUCCAAUAGAACUAAGUCUUGUGGUGCCUUUCUUACGGCUUGGUGAACAAAUUAUCGGUGGACCUCAUUUUCCUUUAACAUCUGAUGCUCUAAAGAAGGUGUUGACAGGCCAAGCUUCUCGAGAUGUUUUCUUAAGCAUUGGAAAUGCGCUACUAGGGUGGCUCAUAGCGGCUCCAUUUGUAAUCGUUGCACUAUACAUCGUGUUUCUGCCGUGUUUCAAAGUCCUUGUCCGCAAAUUCAGCUCUGAUGGUCCAACCACGAAGACACCAACAAAAGAAAGAAUCGCUUAAAUCAAACAGUUCUUGGUUUCUACAAAGCAGAACGUUGGAGAUUCUGUGGCCUUGUGUUCUGCUAUGCCGAUGUUGAGGUUCGGAGUUUGAGUUAUCUGUAACAAUAAGCCUCUCUGUAUUAUUACAAUGUUUGAACUAUAACUGAAAUAGUAUAGGCCUUAAGGGGGAGAAUGUAAGUGUGGGAAAUAUAGUAAGAUAAGUCAUGUUCAUGUAUGAAUAUAUAUUGAGAACUGAUAAGGCAGAUGAAUCUUUUAUA